AGUCGAAACCAAUAUUAAGUUUGAAACGGUGUUUUUAAAUCGCAUAAUAGAUAAUAGAAUAUAAUUAAUAAAGAACUAAGGAUAUUUGUAUCCUUCAACUAGUUUUCGACAAAAAAAAGAAAUGUUUAUAAAAUUUUUAUUACUGACCCUAUUGGUAGCAAUAUGGCAGCAUGAAACAGUAGUGGCAAGUGAAAGAAAAAAUGUUGUCUGCUAUCAUGGAACCUGGUCAACAUAUCGUCAAUCAAAGGGUAAAUUCGAUGUUGAAAAAGACAUUGAUCCCUUCUUGUGUACCCAUCUAAUGUAUGCUUUCUUUGGAAUCGAGGAGACCGGUGAUCUUAGGGUCAUAGAUCCCUAUUUGGAUUUAGAAGAUAAUUAUGGACGCGGAAAUAUAAGAAAGUUCAAUGCUUUAAAAUUGCGAAAUCCCACCUUAAAGACAAUGUUAGCCGUAGGUGGCUGGAAUGAGGGAUCAAAGAAAUUUUCAAUUGUUGCUGCUGAUCCAGCAAAGAGAGCACGAUUUGUUCAAUCGGUUGUACAAUUUAUACAAAGGCAUGGUUUUGAUGGUUUGGAUUUAGAUUGGGAAUACCCCAAUCAGCGCCAUAAGUUAUCUAACAGCGAUCGUGAAAAUUUUUUGACUUGGUUAAGAGAAUUGAAAGAAGGUUUGGAACCUUUUGGCUAUAUUCUAAGUGCUGCUGUGGGUUCAGCGGAAUUUUCAGCCGAACUUUCUUAUAAUAUACCCGAAAUGUCUACGUACUUGGAUUUAAUCAAUGUUAUGGCUUAUGAUUUACAUGGUCACUGGGAUCCAGUGGUAGGCAUUAAUUCCCCUCUCUAUUCAGGACCCUUAGAUACAUCAGAGCGUGCCAAACAACUUAAUUUCGAUGCUAUAGCCAAAUAUUGGAUAAAUCAAGGAGCUCCUCGCGAAAAACUCGUUAUGGGUGUACCAUUUUAUGGACGCUCCUUUACUCUGGCGGAUCCUAAAAAUCAUGCUGUCGGUGCUCCACACAUUGGUCGCGGCUUGGCUGGUCAAUAUUCGGUUGAGCCCGGUAUUAUUGGUUACAACGAACUAUGUGAAACAUUCCAAAAUCAACAGUCUCUUUGGAAUCAAGAGUGGGAAGUUAGUCAAAUGGUACCUUAUGCCUAUUAUGGACGCCAAUGGGUGGGCUAUGAAAACGAAAAAAGUAUUGCUCUAAAGGUGGAUUAUGUAAAGAAGGAAAAUUUGGGCGGCAUUAUGAUAUGGUCCAUAGAAUCGGAUGAUUUUAGAGGUGUAUGCGGCCAAAAACGUUAUCCUCUUUUAACGCUUAUCAAUGAAAUUCUACAUGGAUCGGUCUAUUCAGAUUUAGUGGGUAGAAAACCUGAUGUUUCUCCCGUACAAAUACCAAUUAAAGAAAAUGUAAAUAUAAUUCCUUCGGUUGAAACUUUGAAUAACAACAACCAAUGUCAGGGUAAAAAUGGUUAUGUACGUGAUUCGAAAAAUUGUAGUAAAUUCUAUUUUUGUGAUAAUGGUGAAACAUUUAGUUUCGAUUGUCCCUCAUUAUUGUAUUUUGAUUUGAAAAGUUUAAGUUGUAAUUAUUCAUAUUUGGUGGAGUGUUAAUCGAAUAAUUAAAUUGUAAAGAAAAUUUCAGAAAUAAAAUACAAAAAAAAAAAAA